AUGCACUGUUCUUAUGCACUUAGCAAUACUCACCAUUUUUUUCUUCAUAAGAUAUUUGCUUUACUUUCUCUACACUCCUCCUCUUUGAAUGUUUUUGUCUUAUGCCUCAUUUUCUUUCAAUAUUCCUUUGUGUAUUUGUAUUUUCUUUCAUUUUUCUACUCUUCUUUCUUACACCUCUGUCUGUCUCUUUUUAGCUCUUACACCUCUGUCUCUCUCUUUUUUAGCUCUUGCACCUCUGUCUGUCUCUUUUUUAGCUCUUACACCUCUGUCUGUCUCUUUUUUAGCUCUUACACCUCUGUCUGUCUCUUUUUUAGCUCUUGCACCUCUGUCUGUCUCUUUUUUAGCUCUUGCACCUCUGUCUGUCUCUUUUUUUUAGCUCUUACACCUCUGUCUGUCUCUUUUAGCUUAGCUUACACACCUCUGUCUGUCUCUUUUUUAGCUCUUGCACCUCUGUCUGUCUCUUUUUUAGCUCUUACACCUCUGUCUGUCUCUUUUUUAGCUCUUACACCUCUGUCUGUCUCUUUUUUAGCUCUUACACCUCUGUCUGUCUCUUUUUUAGCUCUUGCAUCUCUGUCUGUCUCUUUUUUAGCUCUUACACCUCUGUCUGUCUCUUUUUUAGCUCUUACACCUCUGUCUCUCUUAUUCCCCUGUCUCACUUUGUUUUUAGCACUUAUUCCUCUGUCUCUCUUUGUUUUUAGCUCUUAUUCCUCUCUCUUAUUCCUCUGUCUCUCUUUGUUUUUAGCUCUUAUUCCUCUGUCUCUCUUUGUUUUUAGCUUUUAUUGCCCUGUCUCACUUUGUUUUUAUCUCCUAUUCCCCUGUCUCACUUUGUUUUUAUCUCCUAUUCCCCUGUCUCACUUUGUCUUUAGCUCUUAUUCCCCUCUCUUAUUCCUCUGUCUCUCUUUGUUUUUAGCUCUUAUUCCUCUGUCUCUCUUUGUUUUUAGCUCUUAUUCCUCUCUCUUAUUCCUCUGUCUCUCUUUGUCUUUAGCUCUUAUUCCUCUGUCUCUCUUUUUUUUUUUAGCUUAUUCCUCUGUCUCUCUUUGUUUUUUUAGCACUUAUUCCUCUCCUCUGUCUCUCUUUUGUUUUUUAGCUCUUAUUCCUCUGUCUCUUUUGUUUUUAGCUCUUAUUCCUCUCUCUCUCUUUCUCUUAUUCCUCUGUCUCUCUUUGUUUUUAGCUCUUAUUCCUCUGUCUCUCUUUGUUUUUAGCUCUUAUUCCCCUCUUUUGCGUCUCUGUCUCUCUUUCUUUUUAGCUCUUACAUCUCUGUCUCUCUUUCUCUUGCGUCUCUGUCUUUCUGUUUUUAGCUCUUACACCUCUGUCUGUCUCUUUGUUUUUAGCAGCUUACGUCUCUGUCUAUCUUUCUCUUACGUCUCUCUCUCUGUCUUUGUUUUUAGCUCUUACGUCUCUCUGUCUUUGUUUUUAGCUCUUGCUUCUCUGUAUGUCUUUGUUUUUAGCUCUUACGUCUCUCUGUGUCUUUCUCUUACGUCUCUCUGUGUCUUUGUUUUUUGCGUGUCUGUCUCUGUCUUUCUUUUUAGCUCUUAUGUCACUGCCUGUUUGUCUGUCUCAUGUUUCCUCUGUCUUUGUUCUUUUUCCUCUCAUGUCCUUGCUUUCAUUUGCAUUUUAUAUUUCCCAAUUUGUCAUUACUCUUCCAUUUCUCUCCAUGCUAUUUAUUAUUCUUCUUUCUCAAUGUUCUUUUUUCUUUCUCUCUUUAUUUUCAUUAUUUUAGCUUUCUCUCUCUCUCUUUCUCUCCCCCUCCCUCUUUUGUUUUUUCCCUUUCUCCUUUUUCUUUCAUGUACUGAACAGUUAUAG